ACGCCCACGACAAAGAAAUACGGCCAGGAACAGGGUAAUAGUCCCAGUCUGGUGCCGCAGGGAAUGUCUUCAGCUGCAGGAGGGGAUACUGGCGCCCGCCUGGUGCUUCGUACUUCUUGCACUGUUACUUGGUUAAGUAUUCUGGUUUGCUCAGCUGUUGCUGUUACUGUUUACAAGUUUGGUUAGCAUGGCUUUCCUCUUGGUCUGGUUGUGCUGGUUCGAAAUCUCACCACUUUCCUUUUCUGUAUCCUUCUCUCAAAGUAUCUCCGUCUCCUCGGGCACAGUUUCCUAGACUGAGUCUGGUAGGAGGGGCAUAGAGGGAGGAGCCUGCCCACACAAUCAAACCUCUAUAGUGCCCAUGGCUCCAAGGGGACCCGUCUAUACCCCAUGGUACUAAAUGGAUUCCCAGUAUCCCCUACAGACUACGAGAAAAGGAUUGAGCGGAAUAAAAUACUACAGAAGAUGGAGACAUACAGGAACGAGAUGACUGAAAGAAUAUUAAAUCUCACCAUGGAGAUCAUCUACCUGCUGACUGGGGAGGAUUAUAUUAUUGUAAAAAAGUCAGCUGAGUGCUUUACACCCAACAGUAGUCAUCAUGUCUUUGUACGAUUGGGCAGGACCCAGAGCCCCAUCACGGUGCCUCCACCUCACUCACUGACACAUGACAGAGACAAUGAGCAGAAGAUCCUGGAACUCACCAACAAGAUCAUUCAGCUGCUGACUGGAGAGGAGGGGGAGUAUAUAGAGGGACACAAGGAUCUGUACAAGGACGUGAUGAUGGAUAAUCACCAGCUCCUGACUUCACCGGAUGUCUCGGAGGAUGACGAUGUCUCCCACACCAAGUUGUCUUCUUUAGACUGUGGAGACACGGAUAUACAUGUUAUCGGAAAUAACCAACAGCCACAAUGCUUUAACAUAUAUAAUAUCCAAAAUGGAUUGACAUCAGUAACAAAUGCGACUAAGGAAUCCAUCUCGCAUGAGGGAGAAAAUGUUAUAAACUCUGACAUUUAUAUGUCCACAUAUCAUAGACAGUAUACAUCUACUCAUAUUAAGGAGGAACUAGGCUCAUGUGAUGGAGGAGACCUCACAGACACUGACAAUUAUACACCCACAGGUCAUACACAGUCUACAUCUACUCAUAUUAAGGAGGAACCAGGCUCAUGUGAUGGAGGAGACCUCACACACACUGACAUGUAUACACCUACAGGUCAUACACCGUAUACAUCUACUCAUAGUAAGGAGGAACCUGUCUUGUGUGAUGGAGGAGACCUCAUACACACUCAGAAUUAUACACCCACAUAUCAUACACAAUAUACUUCUCACAUUAAGGAGGGAUUAGUCUCAUGUGAUGGAGACCUCACAGACACUGACAUGUAUACUCCUACCUAUCUUACACAGUAUACAUCUACUCGUAUUAAGGAGGAAUCGGUCUCAUGUGAUGGAGACCUCUUAGUCAGUGAUAGAUGCAUACUUUCAGAUCAUACAUUUACAUCAGGUCAUACUGACAGAGAUAUGAAACCGAACAACUUAUUAGUAACAGAAAAUUUUAAAUUUGAUGAACCUGUAGAAAUUAUCCACAAAGUGUCCCCCACCGAAGGUAAUCUUAAUAUUUCCUCUUGUAGUCCAGAAUACACCAUUGGUACAUUGCACCGAUCUCAAGAUCAAGUUAUGGAGAAAGAGACGGAAAAUGUUGUUUUAAAAUUGAAACUGUGCUCUGACGAUGCUCAACCUGGACACACCAGUGGUCACCUUGUACAGAGACCAUACGUCGCUUUUGAGCAAAAGAAAACCUUUGGUGAUAUCUCAAAUACUACUAAAUAUUGGAGAGAGAACUCUAGGAAGAAAACGCCGCAGUGUUUGGAGUGUGGGGAAUAUUUUUUGAGGAAAGCCCAGCUCAUCGCCCACCAGAUAACUCACACCGGGCAGAAACCCUUUCAGUGUUCUGAGUGUGGAAAACAUUUUCUUACCAAUUUCCGACUGGUUGUACAUCAAAGAUCUCACACAGAAGAAAAGCCGCACCAAUGUUCCCAAUGCGGGAAACGCUUUGCCAAGAAAAAGGUGCUGGUGAAACAUCAAACGGCCCACUUGGAAGCUCAGACAUUUGGGCGUUCCAUUUGUGGUGAGCAGUUUCCUGAAGAGCAGAGGCUAGUCAGCCAUCAGGUAACUCACACAGUAGAAGAAUCAUUUAGCUGUUCUGUAUGUGGGAAGCAAUUUCCGGGAGAAUGGAGACUAGUCCGCCAUCUGAGAUCUCACACGGGAGAGAAGCCAUUUCAGUGCUCCGAAUGCGGGAAACAGUUUGCUGUGAGAAGGUCAUUAGUCAGCCAUUGGAGAAAUCACACGGGAGAGCAGAAGCCAUUUCAGUGCUCCAAAUGUGGGAAACGGUUUGGUGAGAAAGCGAAAUUAGGCAUCCAUCAGAGAACUCACACUGGGGAGAAACCUUUCCAUUGUUCUGAAUGCGGGAUGCGGUUUGCAGAGAGAAGGACAUUAGUCAACCAUCAGAGAACUCACACGGGAGAGGAGAAGCCAUUUCAGUGCUCCGAAUGUGGAAAACGGUUUGCAGAUAGAAAUGGAUUAGGGUUACAUAACAGAAGUCACACUGGGGAAAAACCUUUCCAAUGUUCCGAAUGUGGGAAACGGUACGCAGCGAAAUGGACAUUAGUCUGCCAUCAGAGAACUCACACAGGAGGGGAGAAGCUAUUUCAGUGCUCCGAAUGCGGAAAGCGGUUUGCAGAUAGAAAGACAUUAGUCAGACAUAACAGAAGUCACACUGGGGAGAAACCUUUCCAAUGUUCCGAAUGUGGGAAACAGUUUGCAGAGAGAUGGAAAUUAGUCAGCCAUCAGGGAACUCACACGGGAGAGGAGAAGCCCUUUCAAUGUUCCGAAUGCGGAAAACGGUUUGCAGAGAGAAGAGCAUUAGACAGACAUAAUAAAACUCACACUGGGGAGAAACCUUUCCAAUGUCCCGAAUGUGGGAAACGGUUUGCAGAGAGAUGGAAAUUAGUCAACCAUAGGAGAACUCACACGGGAGAGGGGAAGCCAUUCCAAUGCUCCGAAUGUAGAAAACGGUUUGCAAGUAGAAGGGCAUUAAAUAAUCAUAAUAGAAGUCACACUGGGGAGAAACCUUUCCAAUGUCCCGAAUUGGGAACCGGUUUGCAGAGAGAUGGACAUUAGACAGACAUAACAUAACACACCUGCAUCAAAAAGUAUGCCUGCCCUGAAUGUGGGGAAGAAUUUAGGGAAAAGUCAUUGCACAUGGAAAAACCGUGUUGCGAUGGAUGGGGGUGUGCUUCAAUUUUAUUUUAUUUUUUUGCAUACAGAGGAAAUAGUGACUGAUUUUGUAUGUAGCACACACAUACUGGACAGCUUAGUUUCAACAUUGAGAUUUAGAGUUCAGCCAGGACUCAUCCUCUUUCCAACUCUAAAUGUGUCCACACACUUACUCCCACCCUGCAGAGUAACAUGUUUUGGCCAAGGUCCAAUAUUACAUCACAUUGCUGGAUAUACUGCUGACUGUGGCCCUUGGUGUCUUUAAUGGAUAGUUGUUUUUUUUAAAGUCCCUUCUCAAAUAAAAAAAAUGUUCAAAUAAAAAAGAAAUAGUGCACCAUUUUUGUUAUCCUGAUGAAUGAUCGGCAUUCUCUAGGUCGACAUGCAUUGGGUUCAACAUAGUCAAACGGUCAACAGAUAGAAUGGUCAACAGCUCAAAUGGUCGACACAU